AUGACAUCCACACUAUCUAGCUCAUACAGUAUAAUAGAUGUGUCUGCAUUUUUUCAUUGUCUAAUUCUGUUCAUAUAUAAUUCUGUUCAUAUAUAUCUAUCUCUCUCAUUCUGUUCAUAUCUAUCUAUCUAUCUCUCUCAUUCUGUUCAUAUCUCUCUAUCUCUCUUAUUCUGUUCAUAUCUAUCUAUCUCUCUCAUUCUGUUCAUAUCUCUCUAUCUCUCUCAUUCUGUUUAUAUCUCUCUCAUUCUGUUUAUAUCUCUCUAUCUCUCUCAUUCUGUUCAUAUCUCUCUAUCUCUCUCAUUCUGUUCAUAUCUAUCUAUCUCUCUCAUUCUGUUUAUAUCUCUCUAUCUCUCUCAUUCUGUUCAUAUCCCUCUAUCUCUCUCAUUCUGUUCAUAUCUAUCUAUCUCUCUCAUUCUGUUCAUAUCUCUCUAUCUCUCUCAUUCUGUUCAUAUCUCUCUAUCUCUCUCAUUCUGUUCAUAUCCCUCUAUCUCUCUCAUUCUGUUUAUAUCUCUCUAUCUCUCUCAUUCUGUUCAUAUCCCUCUAUCUCUCUCAUUCUGUUCAUAUCUAUCUAUCUCUCUCAUUCUGUUCAUAUCUCUCUAUCUCUCUCAUUCUGUUCAUAUCCCUCUAUCUCUCUCAUUCUGUUCAUAUCUAUCUAUCUCUCUCAUUCUGUUCAUAUCUCUCUAUCUCUCUCAUUCUGUUCAUAUCUCUCUAUCUCUCUCAUUCUGUUUAUAUCUCUCUUAUUCUGUUCAUAUCUAUCUAUCUCUCUCAUUCUGUUUAUAUCUCUCUUAUUCUGUUCAUAUCUAUCUCUCUCAUUCUCUUCAUUUCUAA